AUGACCAAGCUCCUUUCCUUGGCCGCAUUGGCCGUUGUUGUGCGCACCAUCCACGCGCAGAGCUGUAUAUCACUGGCCGGCUCGACCGCGUGCCCUGCCUUUAACUCUUCGUCCAUAUCGACAGAUUCUACCCUGGUUGGAUUUUACCCUUUCCUUGCCUAUGUCACUUCGACAGCCGAGUUCGAUACACAGAUAUCUCAAUAUGUGACACACGAGUAUGUCCAGACCAAAUAUAUCAGUAUCUUUGGGUGCGACAACGUCAAUCUGGGUAACACCUCCAGCUACUACGCCCGUUAUACGACCAGCUUUCUCUGCAAUGGCAUUGUCCAAAAUUCCAAGGCGGCCUGUGGACUCUCUGGGGAUGACUCUCAGCCGCUAUGCGCCGACUCUUGUGCCGAACUAGCACUGAGUGAAGAACAAAUCGUCUCGAGCAAUCUAUGCACGGGUCGAAGCGAUCAGUACGCUGACCAACUUCGAGCCGACUUCACCAAUUGCGCCUUGCCGGCCAACUCUAUUAGUGGCAGCUGUAUAGCAGGAGAGUCGAACGAACCCAAUGACUGUGGAUUUGCGGGCAACUUGAUGGGACUGUGUAAUUUUUGUCGCGACAGUACUUACAACGGUACCGACUCCUGCUGCUUGACUUCUAACGCGACUGGGCGAUGUCAAGAUGUCGCUCUCCCAGUCUUCUCCACCAUCUCCAACCUCUUCUCCUCGACCACUAGCCCGACGUCUUCACCGACGUCAAGUUCAACAACUGCAGCAAACCACCAGGGAGGUGGCGGCCUAAGCGGCGGUGCCAUAGCGGGGAUCGUUGUUGGAUCGGUGGUGGGCUUUCUGUUACUGCUUGCCGCGAUCGCCCUGUGCUUCAUAUGCCUGCGAAGGAGGCGCGGUGACAGCAAAGCCGGCAGUGUUCUCAAUCAACCCUCUCCUCAAAGGAGAGGGAUCGCGUCCGCGUCAUACAAUCAACCAAUGUCGCAACAAGGGUAUGAAGUUCUGCCUGGCGGACGCGUUGCUCGCAUGUCAGCGUUGCAAGAUGAGCAGGCUGGAGGGCCCGGACCAGUGGUCGGACCACGGAAUUACACAUCGCACACUGAUCCUUACGGUGACAGUCCCGAGUCACGCGAGAAAGCCAUGGGCGCUGCUGCUGCCGUCAAAGCUAAUAGUUCGCCGGGCGGCGACUCGCAGCAAGGGUCCUCUCCUGGCGACUUUUCUUCGCCAGAGGGUGUUGCAAGUGGACAAUCCGAACAGCUACCGUUUUUCAAGGACUACUAUUCCAACGAUGAUAUUCAUCCCGGGGACAAGGUUUCUGUCUUGUGGGCGUACCAACCUCGUGCCGGCGACGAAUUCGAACUGGAACGAGGCGAUAUGCUGAAGGUGGUCGGCAUCUGGGAUGACGGCUGGGCCACUGGUGUGCGUAUUAAUGAUCGUGCGGAAGACUAUGACGGCAAGCAUAAGGUGCAACGAGACAGCGGGGUGUCCAAUGGCUCUGCCACACGGGACGAAUCGCCCACACCAUCAGGAGAAAUCAAAGCUUUCCCUCUGGUCUGUGUUUGUUUGCCGGAAGCUUGGAAGAAGACGGUAGAGGGUGACACAUCUACGGAAGGCGGUUCGGCCGUGGCACCGCCGAUAUGA